UGCUUUCAACUUUCAAGUUUUAACCUUUUAGUCUCUCAUCAUCUCACGCACGUAUCUUCUAGCUUUUUGCAAACCUCUUCAUCCUUCAACUUUCGGAAAACCUCAUCACUCAGUGUCUCCAUCAAUAACGUUAGCAUCUAGUCGACUUCUUCUACCUUUCAAGAUCGAGCACUUCCUCUGUUCCACUCCGAUCACGAAUCAUAUCUGCUUUCGGUUCUAGGGCACUUCAAUUUGUCUAGCAUUUGCGUUUGAAGGCGACGAGUUCAGCAACAACGACAUAAGGACAUAUCAGAUUCUGUCUUCACGCCACGCUUGCUUUCUGGCUGUCGAGACAAAACAACUCCUGCUGCUUUCCGCCUUCGGACAACCUACGCACAACAACUAGAGAAGAAGAUUGUUAGAGAGAGAUGUCCUGCACAAGCUGCUCUUCGAAGUCUCUAACCCACGAUCAAAUAUCCGGCAACCUGAUAUGCUCGUCGUGCGGCACGGUCCAGUCAUUUGACAAUUUUGAUCCCCAAACCUACGGCCGUGACGGCCCCAUUGGAAGUUACAUUCAGGUGGGUUCGUCAGGUACCGGCUCUGUCUUAAACUAUAAAGAUAAGAAAGUCUACGAAUCUAAGAAAUUAAUAGAUGAAUAUACUUAUAAAUUGAAUUUGACUGGUAAAAAAUCCACUGAUGUCAAAAACAUGAUUGAUAAAAUCACUGAGGGUGAAUUUGGGUUGGGGGAUUGGUUUCCAAUUUUAAUCGGUGCUUGUGGAUAUGUUGUUAUGAGAAUGGAGAAUAAAUCAUUACCAUUGGGUGAAAUAGCGUCUGUUUUGAAUUGUGAUGUGUAUGAAUUAGGAAGGAUGGUUAACCGUGUGGUUGAGUUUUUGGAUUUGAAGUUGCCUGAAUUUGAUAUUGUUGUUAUGUUUGAGAGAGUGUUUUGUAAUACGAAGUUGCCAAGAUUGGUUGAAUUGGAGAGGGAUAAGUUGGGGCAGAUGAGGCAACAAGGAGUGUUUUUGCUGAAUUGUGCGGUGAAGUGGUUUCUGACAACAGGGAGGAAGCCAAUGCCAUUGGUGGCAGCUGUUUUGGUGUUCGUGGCAGAAUUGAAUGGGGUUAGUUUGAGGAUUGAGGAUGUUGCCAAGGAGUUAUAUUGUGUACUUGGAACAUGUAGAAAGCGAUACUCGGAGUUGUUGGAAGUACUUGUGAAGGUGGCUCAAGUGCUGCCAUGGGGAAAGUAUGUGAAUGUAAAGAAUAUAGUGAAGAAUGCCCCUUUUGUAAUGCGUUAUAUGGAGUUGAAGUCCAGGGAGAAGAAAACAGAAGACAAAGAAGGGCCAAAGUGUGGUGGGGUUGAUUUUGAUGAUGUUGUUAGGGAGUGUUUGGAAAAAGAUUUUGAGUAUGGGAUUGAUGAGGAUAAGGUGGAAAGUUAUUCUAGCUAUUUUGAUAUGGAUGAUAGAAGUGGGCCUAUGAGAAGAGGGGUUGAAAAUGGUAAUAAGAUUGAGCUUUCUCAUGAAUGCUUGGGAAUGAUUUAUGCUAAAUUUUUAAAUGAAGUUGAUGGUAGGAGUUUGCUAAGAGAGACUGAGGAGGUACAUGGAAGGAAGAGAAGGAGAGGGUUUGAGCUUAGUGGAUGUAGGGAAUGGUGGAAUGGAAAAUCAGAAAUGAGCCAGAAGCUUAUGCUUAAGAAAAUUUUGGAGAAAGAUGUAGGACUGGAUGUUAUGCCUCCUUCUUUUGUUAAUGGUUGCAUGGAAAAUGAGAAGAGGAGGGCUAAGAUAAAUUCUGCUAAGGUUAGGAUUAAUAAGAUUAUGAAUCCAUCCAGUUCUGAUACAGGUGAUAAUGACAAUGUUGCCUCUUCAGAAUGUGUUCUUAAUGGGAAAAGGAGAAAGAGAAAACAAAUUGGUGAAAUUGAUUGGGAAGACUUUAUUAUUGAGACACUCCUCCUUCAUCAGGUGAAAGAAGAGGAUAUUGAGACAGGACAUUACAAUACCCUAUUGGCCUUGCAUGUGUUCAACUGUGAGAACAUGUGAAGGGUGCAGCAAUGAGAGCAUCAGAAAAUGUCCUUUUUUUUAUUCUCUUUGCAGUUGGACUGAAGGGACCUUUUGGAGCUGGUUUUCUCGCUGCGACAGUUGUGGCCUUGGCGUGGAAGAGAGGACAGAAUAGUGUCAGAUAUAAUAGCAAUUAUGUAGCAGUGGCCGCAGAAGUUACAGCCACAGAGUGUGAGGAUGAGGAUGAGACAUAAGAUGAACAGACUGACAAUGAAGAGAAUUUAGGUGUUAGACGAAGCAGAGGAGUGGAGACAGGUGGUGGACUUGGAGAUACUUUGGAGAGGAACAAGCAUGCCAAGCACUCCGUCUCCAAUGAUGAGAAGCAUGAUUGAUUAAUGAUUUGUUGCCAUGAAUUAUUAGUGGGACAGCUAAUUACUUUGUUCUUUUAUAAAAAAAAAAAAAUGUCUAUGUUUUUUGUCAAUGGGCCAGCUCUUGUUAAUUAGUUGAUGUUGUAUAGUUAAUUUGAGCAUUGUGGUUAAUCUAUCGCCUUUCUGUAUUCGGGGCAUUGUAUGGCUCUAUAGAAUGAAAAUCCAGAUUAUAUAUUGCAUUCUUCUA